AUGAAGAGCAACACGAACACGAAGCUGAUCCUCCUCCACCCUUCAUCCCUCCACCCUUCUAACCACCACCGCCUAUUAUUCCUCCUCUUCCUCACUUUCUUCACUCUCCUCUUCACCUUCACCCUCUUCACCACCGUCAACGUCCCCUCUUCCUCCACCACCACCCCCUCCAUCUCCACCUUCUCCCCGCUCCCUCCCUCCAUCUCCAAAGCCCUCCUCCACUAUGCCACCACCUCCAACACCACCAUCGCCACCACCAAACCCAUGUCCCCCUCCGAAACCAACGCCAUCGCCUCCACCCUCCUCCGCACCCCACACCCCCCCAACUUCCUCAUCUUCGGCCUUACCCACGAGUCCCUCCUCUGGGCCGCCCUCAACCACCGCGGCGGCCGCACCGUCUUCGUCGACGAGAUAGAAUACAUCAUCUCCAAGUUCGAGCAGAACAACCCCGGAAUCGAAGCCUACGACGUUCAGCUCACAACCAAAGUUACCGAACACAUGAACCUUCUCUCACACGCGAAGAAACACAGUAAAAAAGAUUGCAGACCCGUUCAGAAUCUCUUGUUCUCGGAGUGCAAGCUCGCCAUUAACGACCUUCCCAACCAUAUCUACGAGGUUCCAUGGGACGUUAUACUCGUCGACGGUCCACGAGGCUAUUUUCCGGGGGCUCCGGGGAGGAUGGCGCCGAUCUUCACAGCGGCGGUUCUCGCGCGGAGCAAGAAACCGCCGGGGAAGAAAACACACGUGUUCGUUCACGAUCUAGGAAGAGCAGUGGAAGCGGUUUUCAGUAAAGAAUUUCUCUGUGGGGAGAAUAUGGUGGAGAGGGUGGAUUCGUUGGGGCAUUUUGUUUUGGAAAGUGAGAUUGAAAACAGGGAAAGUUUCGGUUUUUGCAGGAAUUCUAGUUACCCUUUAUCUUCUUCAUCUUCAUCUUCGUCUUCCUCGUCGUUGCCGUCAUGACCAUUGAUGAAUCACAGAGGUGUGAUUUUUAGAUAAUAUCUGUAAAAUAAUGUUUUUUUUCCUUUUUAAUAUUUUAAUAGGAAAAAAAGUGUAAUUUAAGUUAGCGUUACACAAUAGUGGCAUGCUUUCAACGGUUUUUCUCCCCCCAAAAAAGGGGUGGGAACGGGAAAAUGGAGCUUUAGAAAAUCAAAAUUAUUAAUUAUGUUUUGGUGCUGUA